CCAAGAAGUUUAAGUCUGGCAACCUCCUUUUUUACAAUCAGAUGUUAUUGUUAUUUAUGAAACUUAAGAAAUAUAUUUUUUAGACUAGUCAAAAUUUAAAAGAUAGAAUGCUAGGCCUCAAGGAGGCGCUUCGGAUUUUAAGCAGGCGAUCCAAAACGGUCUGCCGGCGGAAUUUUGCAGAUGAUGCUAACCAGACAGACAUUUCGUUUAAAUGGCGAAAACCAAUUGGUCAGCACACCGGCAUCAACAUUUACAAUUACGGAAUGCAACAGAAGGUGCCCCUAAUCUUGAGAAACCCUCAAAUGGUUACUUGGUACACCUGCGGACCUACGGUCUACGACUCUGCCCACCUUGGACAUGCCAGUACUUACGUGAAGGUAGAUAUCAUGCAGAGAAUUCUCCGGGAUUACUUUAAAAUAAAUUUGGUAACCGCUAUGAAUAUAACGGAUGUGGACGACAAGAUUAUCAAGCGAGCCCAGCUCGCAGGACUAGACUGGCAAAAGAUGGCGCUAGCUUACGAGGCAGAGUUUCGGCAAGACAUGUUGCGCCUUAAUGUCCAGCAGCCGGAUGUGCGCAGCCGUGUUACCACCACCAUGCCUGCUAUUAUACUGUUCAUACAACAUCUGAUAGCUGAAAAGCAAGCCUAUGUUACGCCAGAUAAGUCCGUUUACUUUGAUGUCUCAAAAAGCAAAAACUAUGGAAAGCUAUUAAAGCUGAAUAUAAGCGAGGAGAAGCCAGAUACUUUGAAAAGAAACAGCGCAGACUUUGCGUUGUGGAAGGCGCGUAAGAGUGGCACGGAGCCCACCUGGGCGGCUCCUUGGGGUGGUGAGGGUCGCCCGGGAUGGCACAUCGAAUGUAGCGCUAUUGCCGGCCUGUUCUUUGGUCGCCAGGUAGAUAUCCAUGCUGGCGGUUUAGAUUUGCGGUUUCCUCACCACGAAAAUGAGGAAGCUCAGUGCUGCGCUCGUUAUAAAACAGAACAGUGGGUAAACUACUGGAUACACACUGGACAGCUUCAUAUGGUUGGGGAUUCGCAAAAGAUGUCAAAGUCUCUAGGAAACACCAUUUCUGUGACCGAACUGCUUAAGAAGUACACAGCCGACGAGUUUCGAAUGGCCUGCCUUCUGUCCAAUUAUCGUAAUGCCAUGCCUUAUAGCGAUCAGUUAAUGUUAACCGCUCGGCAGACCCUGCAGCGUUUCAAGAACUUUCAAGCUGAUCUCAAUGCUUAUACACAGUUUCUAAAGCCGGUGCACUUAUUGGACGAGGGAGCUUUGAAGGCACAACUGACUCAUAUGGUUACUGAGUUCGAUAAUUGCCUCCGAGAUGAUUUUGAUACCGCCCGAUCAAUUAGCGUGCUAAUGGAUCAGAUGAGCAGCAUAAGUCGCUGUAUCAACGAUCAGCAAGUGGACGCCCAAGAGGAGCCUGCGUACUGCAUGGACCUGCUUUUGGCAGCUGGAAACUUUAUUAAUCGUGCUGUAGUCACUUUUGGUUUAUCGGAGUUGCACGAAAGAGAAUCCUUGCAUGAGAAAGUCUGCUCUACGGAUCAUAGCAUAGAUCCAUCGUUGCUAGUGGAUGAUGUGUUAAGCAUUCGAGGAAAAAUGAGGGAGAAUGCCACUUCUGGAAAAGUGAAGAACACCCAGCUACUGGCCGCCUGUGAUGAACUGAGAAGUCUGCUCCAACAGCACGGCAUCCAGGUGCGUGACCACCAACAGGGCAGCUCUUGGGUAUUUGCCGUGUCCUGUGAAAAGUCCGAUGACAAGAGCAAAAGCUCUGCCGAAUAAAACACGAAAUAUUGUUCUUUGUGAUGUUAUUACAUAAA